AUGGUCUGGUUCAACAGCCGCUCCUCCACAUCGGAGUCCUCUCACGUCCGGAAACGUUCUCCCUCUCGACGCUCAACCUCUGGCUAUUCAACCCACCAUAGUCGGCACUCUGCGCCCUCAAUCUUCAGCUUCAGCGGCAGUCGCACUGGCCGAUCAAGCCCCUCUGUGUUUUCUUCUGCGUCCUCGUCGCGACGUGCUCGUCCUCGUUCUGGCUUCAUCCAGCGCGUCAUUCGCUAUAUCAGGCGUUUGUUCCGUGAUAUUUCCAGCUACGCUCGGCGCCACCCAUUCAAGGUUCUCAUGCUGGUGGUUCUCCCUCUCAUCACCAGCGGCGUACUCUACAAGCUCUUCGCCAUGAUUGGAAUCCACCUCCCCAAACAUAUCUUCGGUGGUAGUGCUGCGUCGUCUGCGAGGUCUGCUGGCCAGGAAGGCAUGGCUGGGAAUAUCAAGGGACUGAUGAACAUCGCGAAGAUGUUCAUGUAA